CCUCCGCUCUCCUCUGCUCUGGAGGUGCUGAAACGUCGCCUUUCUCGUUUCAGAGCACUAGCAGCCAUGGCUGAAAUAAAGACGGGCAUAUUUGCCAAAAACGUCCAAAAGAGGAUCAAUCGGGCGCAGGAAAAGGUUCUGCAGAAGUUGGGAAAGGCGGAUGAGACAAAAGAUGAACAGUUUGAGCAAUGUGUGCAGAACUUCAAAAGACAGGAGUUUGAGGGCUCUAGGCUACAGAGGGAGAUGAAGGCUUACAUAGCAGCUGUUAAAGGGAUGCAGCAAGCCUCUAUGAACCUGACAGAGUCCUUACAUGAAGUAUAUGAGCCUGACUGGCACGGCAAGGAUGAUGUCAUGACCAUUGGAAAGAACUGUGACGCUCUGUGGGAGGACUUCCAUCAGAAACUGGUGGACUCUACCAUCAACACGCUGGAAACAUAUCUGACUCAGUUCCCAGAUCUCAAGGUGCGUGUGGCGAAGAGAAGCAGGAAGUUAAUUGACUAUGACAGUGCGCGGCACCAUCUUGAGACUCUUCAGACUUCAACCAUGAGGAAUGAGAAGAGGAUUGCAAAAGCUGAAGAGGACUUGAAAAAGGCCCAGAGGGUUUUUGAUGAUCUCAAUGUUGGCCUGCAGGAUGAGCUGCCCACACUUUGGGAUAGUCGGGUGGGGUUUUAUGUGAGCACCUUCAAGAACGUCUCCAGCCUGGAAGCCCGAUUCCACAGGGAGAUCUCUUUUCUCUGUCAUAAGCUGUAUGAAGUAAUGAAUAAGCUCGCUGAACAACACUCAGACAAAAUGUUCACGAUUCAAGGAGCACCCAGAGAGAAACGCGACUCUGGGCCCCUACGAUUAGCCAGGACUCCCUCCCCGCCUGACGAUGAGAGUCCAGACAGCAGCCCAGCAGCCAGUCCUAACCACACACUGAGGCCCACAUCUCCUGGCCCACCUCGACCCAAAUCACCUUCACAGCUGAAGAUGGGACCUCCAAAACCACCUCCUCCAAAAGUUACUCCAACCAGGGAGCUUCAACAAGAGCAGAUAAUCGAUCUGUUCGAUGGAGGAUUCCCAGAGAUCAGUGUUACAUCACCACAGCCAAACGAGAGGCCCGGAGAAUCUCUUCUGGACCUGGAUUUUGAUCCAUUCAAGCCUGAUACCAGUACACCUAUUGGGCAGACCCAAUCACCAGUAUCUCAGACACUACCUUGGGAUCUUUGGACGGGAGAUGCUGCACAACCUGCACAGCCCGCUACAGAUGCUGGCUUCACUGCCAACUGGGCAGCUGACUUUGGCUCUUCUGCCACUACGGUUACAGAUGAAUCUGCAAAUACUCAACCUGCAGCGGAUGGGCAGGGCUGGCCACCUGCUGAUGGUUGGCCUACAGAUUCAACACCACAGCCUCAAGGAGAGACGGCCACAGAUGAGGUUAGAGCCUGGGAUACGGAAAAUUAUCCUGAGCCAAACCCAGACUGUGAUCCCUGUGCUGUGGGGGGUGGCGAGGCCGAACAACAGCAUCCAGGACAGGGGCAGGAGGGUGUAGAGGAAGGGCAGACAGACUGGGCAACAAAUCAAGUGGAAUGGGCAGAAGAAAAGACAGGUUUCGUGUCAGAGGAGGGAGGGGCAGAGGAGACAGUAGGCUUACAAGCAAUGCCUGGAAUCAUUUUCACCAAUGAGUUUGGUCAGGAAAUUCAGGAUCCCAUGGAGGGUGCAGGGGCAGAUAGUUCCAGAUGGGGCCUAUCUAGCCAGGUUGAUCUAGAUGGAUCCGGGUCAGAGUACGAGACUGCUGAAGAAUGGGGUGAUGUUCCAGGACAAAAUGGUGGGUGGGUCAGUGCAGAUGAUGAGCUUGAAUCUACUGAGAAUGAGAAUGCUGUUGUGGCACCAGAACAAAGUUCUGUGGCCCAAGUGGGCUUUGCAGACUGGGGAAGAGCUGAUGGUGUCGGUGUCCCCGAGCAGAUUACCCCCGCUGACUCUGGAUUUGGCGGUGAUGCAUUUGCAGCCAACUGGGAUCAGCCUGAAGCAGCGCCAUGUGGCUCAGAGUUUGAAAAAAGCCCAGGCGAGCUGCUUGCAGACCCAGCUGAAACAGGAGCAGAUAUGCCUCAAAACAUUAUUGAAUCUGCUCUGAGUUUAGACCCUUUUGGCACCGAAAGUAAUGAUCCAUUUGGUACAGGAGAUGAUCCUUUUGCCACAUCAGGGGAUGACCCAUUCGGCACUGGUAAUGAUCCAUUUGCCACCUCAGAUCAAGAUCCAAGUGGCUUUUCUGGGAGUGAUCCUUUUGCUACAAGUGGCAGUGAACUUUUCGGUACAGAAGAGUUACCAACAGAGAAUGUGAAAACUGGGUUUGAUACUGAUCCGUUUGCUGAGAGCCAGCCAGAAGGCGAAGGACAGUGGUCAACAGACCCCUUUGCAGCUGGAUUCACAUCAGACCCUUUUGCUACUGAGGGUGAUCAAGACCCAUUUGCUAAUGAGAUCACAUCUAAUCCUUUUGACAAUGAAAGUGGCAGGGAUCCAUUUAACAACGAGAAUGUCCAGGAGUGGGCAAAGGGUUUUGACUCCACUGGGACAAAGGAGACUGGUGGUGAUGAAAAAGACUCUGGUGUGUUUGAUGACAACACUGGACAAGGCAAUGGGUUUGCUCAGUGGGCAGCCUUUCCUCCACCAGCUGCAGAUUCCGAGAGCUCCAGUAAAGGCUCCUGGCAGGAGGUGAGCGAUAGCAGUGGCUUCUUCUCUUCUGAUGGCCAAGGAAACUUCACAGCAGGCUGGCCAGGUGAGGCUGUUCCACCUCAAGAGCCCAUUGCCUCCUUCCCUGGGCCACAAGGCAGCUCUAAUCCAAAAAGUACUGUUGCAGAGGACCGGGUUAUUCACAAAGAGCCAGAAAACUCAGACCUGUCUGAAGAUGAAGUCGCAAAUCGAAGAUACGGAAAGUUAUACCAAGAAAUAGAUACCGAACUGGAAGAGGUUUCCAACAAGACUUUUAAUGGAUUUCCUAAGGAUGCAACAGUCCCAACAUUUAUGGCUGACUUUGAUAAGAUGCCUGAAGCCGAGGCUGAGGCCCCAGAGGGUGAUGUAGCUGAAGGAGAAGGUGAAGCAUCUCCAGCCUCAGAACCUGAGGGUGGAGAGGGUCCUGUCACCACUCCUCCAACAGACACACAACCUGAGGAGAUAACAGCUUCAAGCCCUCCCGCUGAAACGCCCACUAGCACUGUGGAGUCUCCAGUGUCUGCUGAGCCUGAAGCAGCUGAGCAGGCUGAGCUCCCAGUUGAGGACAUAGAAAAGGAGCAACUCAGUGAAGAAUCCCCGGACUCUGUUCCAGUCCAAGAAACAGAAAAGGAGUCACCUACAGAGGCGGCUCUGGCUUCUGUUGAAGAUAAAGAGUCUCCCAUUGAAGAGACUCCGACUAUAGAUGCCAAACCAGAGGAAGAGACCAGUUCAUUAGAAGCCAGACCAGGAGAUGAACCAGAUAAUGUUGAGCCCAAGCCAACAGAUGAACCUGAUAAGGUUGAGACCCAACCAGGAGAAGUUCCUGAUAAUAUUGAGCCCAAACCAGGAGAUGCUCCUGAUAAUGUUGAGCCCCAGCCAGGGGAUGAAACCAGUAAGGAGGGUGCUGCAAACAAUGGGAAUGAGGAGGAGAAAAUGCCUAUCCCUUCUGUUGUUAUUGAGCCUGCCUCUAGUAAUGAGGGUGAUGAUGACCGUGAUGGUGAUAUUACAUCUCCAAUUGCGACCGGUGACAAUGGCAUGAUCGCAGAUUGCCAGACAACCAAAGACAGCUCUGGAAUGCCUCCUAGAUUCCUUUUCAAGGUUGAAACAAUGCAUGAUUUUGAAGCGGCGAACCCAGAUGAACUGGAGCUGAAGAAAGGAGACAUAGUUUUGGUAGUACCAACAGAGCUAGCUGAAGAUCAGGAUGCCGGUUGGCUCACUGGCAUCAGAGAGAGUGACUGGCAGCAGCGCGGCGCCUCGGCCAAGAAAGGACUGUUUCCUGAAAACUUCACACAGCGUCUGGAGUAAAUGACCUCAGCGUGUUGCAAGAAGGCCGUGUGGAUCUGGACAUUUGCAGACAGAGCCACACAGCUUGAUGUCUGAUGUACUGAUGACAGCUGUCAAUCAGACUAGGCUCAGACCACUAGAGGAAAUAACAAUGGAAACAAGUGGAGACACAAAUACCUACUCAGCGCAUAAAGAAAAUAACCAAGCAUGACGUGAUAGUAUGGUCAACCUUUUCUCGCGAAACCAAGAUUAAAUCCUUUUUUUCGUUUACCUGUGAGCAGCAACGAAUUGAUGUGUGCUUUGUUGGAAUUCUGGUGACCUCCACAUGUAAUCCCUGUCUGUUUAAAGAAGAACUAAAGUGAGCGUUUCCCCCUGAAGACUAAACCUUCUCCUCUCUGCACCAAGUGUAUUGUACUGACUUUGUUGCUCUGCAGCGAAUUUUAUCAGAAUUUGUAGUGAUAUGAUCUAUUUAACCAUUCUAAGUGUUACACAAAAAAAAAAAAACUUAGGUGUUUUCUUUGAGAUAUUUCGGAUAUAAAUGUGACAUUGCAUCAUUGUUAGUGUUCUCUGUAGUUUCACGGCUGGCCGUGCGCGGCUAUGGUGGUGGUAUUUGGCAUAUAUUUGAUAUUGACAUAUAGUUUAUGGCCGAGAGUUUCAGUGUUUAUGCCAAAUUAAUCAAAGUCCUCUUGGUGAAUAUGGAUAUGUGUUGCGUUUACAGCAUGAGAAAUGUUGUGAGAAGAAAUCUGAAUUAUUGCACCAGGCUAAUAUAGCUUUGCAAAACACAACAUGUAGCUCCCUAUAAUUAUGUGUAAUAUAUUCACAAUGACAUAAAUGCAGAACCUAUUCUUGAAUGGACGUGGAAAUGUUAAUUUAUGAAUGAUGUUUUAUGUUUUGGAGAAAUUGUAUUUAUUCAACUUUAUAUUUUUUCAGCCAAUGACUAGUGGGAAAGUUCGGGGCGGGAAAUCUAAAAAAUAUGCAAUAUAUGUAACUGGUUGAUAGAGUUAUCAUUGUCUUCAUUGUUUGGUUCUGAGACAAAAAAAAAAGACAAAAAAACAGCAUCACUCCUGUGUUCGUAUUGUUAGCCUCACUGUAGAACAUUUCUGUGAUGUACAUAUCUGUGCUACUUUAACUGUAAAGUGAAUAAAGAAUAGUUCAUACGA